AUGGUGGUCAUCCACAGGGACUACAUUGGCGACAACAUUUCCAUCACCAAAGCCAUCUACCAGGCCACCUUGGAUGGCUGCCACAUAAUCAAUCUGAGCCUGGGAGGACACAUUGCCUACCACCUGAUGCAUGCCACCAUGCAGAACACUGUCAACAAUGGUGUACUGGUAGUUGCCACAGUGGGCAAUGAAGACUUUGCACUGGCGCAAAUGAAGCAGGAGAACGCGACAACGAUGCCCUGGUGCGUCACACCAGCGUGGACAGCGCCCGAGAUUAGGCACAUGGAGCGGGCCGACGUCUUCUCCCUGGGCGUCAUCAUGUGGGAGGUGGCCACGCGCGAGUUGCCCUUUGCCGGCGAUGAGAAUGCUCGAGUGGCGCUCCACAUCGUCGAGGGGAAGAGGCCCUCAAUUCCGGCCAACUUGCCUCCCGGCUACGCUGAUUUGAUGCAGGCUUGCUGGCACGGGGAGGCGCUCCAGCGCCCAAGCGCUGAGCAGGUGGCCCACAUGCUGGCGCCCCUCCUCUUGGUGUGA